UUCCUCAUCCUCUAACAUAUCUUACUCCCCGCAUCUACUAUAUAUCUUUUGUUGGAAUUUGGAAACUGUCUUUGACAAUGGACGACAUAGAUCACUCUUCUUCUUCUUCUUCUCAACAUGUUUCUGCAAACUCUUCAGAACAAGUGUCCAAUCGAGCUUCCAAGGUUGAAUUUUCGGAGGAUGAGAAAACUCUUAUUUCCAGGAUGUAUAAACUUGUUGGGGACAGGUGGUCCUUAAUUGCCGGAAGAAUUCCCGGAAGAACAGCUGAUGAAAUAGAGAAGUAUUGGACUUCAAGAUACUCAUCAAGAAACGAAUAACUAAAUUCUGCCACAGAAACUAUACUCUUGGCUUGGAGCAAGAAAUUUUUGGGAGCUCAGUGAAUUUUAGUUUGUGAUGAUGAGACCCAAAACAAAAGAAAGUGUGCUUUAAUAUAAUUUAGUACACGUAUUUUUAUCUGUAUUUGGGUUUAAAUUUGACCAAAAAUGGGGUCAAGCAGUUACCUUAGAAGUUAGAAUUUAAAAGCUGAUGGUGUUUGUGAUAUAUUGUGGAUCUUUUAAAUGUUACU